CGCCGCACAGCCGGAAUCCCCGAGGCAGUUCUUUUCAGAUACCGACAUAAUCGAAGCAUACUGCCUACAUAAGCCCCUCCCAUGGGAUGCAGCGGCAGGAACCCUAUCCACAUUCUGUACCAAGGAGCUCCCCGCCACACUCAUUAGCCCCCUCGCACGCCUCAAGUCAAUUCUAAAUGCGCAUCGAAGAAGGUUUUCAGCAGCCUCCGUACCCGACUGAACAUCCUUACCUACAAGAUCCCGUCCUACCUUCCUUGCUCAGGCGCAUCCUUCCUCAUGAGAUCAAGAAGUCUGUCGACAGCGACUUGACACGUUUAGGGGACGUCUUAAUCAAAGAUAUACGUCCCCUUGCGCCACUGGUGCAGCCAGCGUCUGUAACGCAAUACGACGAGUUCGGUCGUCGUGUCGACAUUCUGCACACAUCGGAAGGGUGGCGUCGAAUUGAAGCAUUCGCUAUUGAAGAGGGCUACAAUGCGAUAGCAUACGAAUUGGAUUAUCGUGAAUACAGCAGGACGGUCAUGUUCGUGCGGAACAUGAUCAUGACCGGAGAUUGUCACGCCAUUAUGUGCCCCAUGGGGAUGACGGAUGGUGCUACGCGAUUGAUCCAUCUGUUCGGGACCGAGGCAAUGAAGCGCGAGCUGCUCCCACACUUGCUGAGUCGGGAUCCUGCAACUGCCUACCUCUCCGGUCAGUGGAUGACCGAGCGUCCCGGUGGUUCUGAUGUAUCUCAGACCGAAACUCGCGCCGUACCCACAGAGCGCGUAGACGGUGAUCUGGGCGAUCCGUACAUCCUGGACGGCCUCAAGUGGUUCUCCAGCGCAGCAGAGGGAAACAUGGCCGUCGGGCUCGCACGUACCGGCGAUGUGUCCCAAGGCUCGCGCGGCCUGUCGCUCUUCUUGAUUCCCCUGCGCAUGGGCCAGUACUCCUCGCCUCUAUCCAACGGAGUUUUCCUGCAUCGCCUGAAGAACAAAGUCGGCACUCACGGCGUCCCCACAGCUGAGCUCGAGUUGCGCGGCACCCGUGCCUGGCUGCUUGGUCCGCUCAACGAGGGCGUGAGGUGCAUCGCGCGCAUGCUCAACAUCACACGGGUACACUCGACAAUCCACUGCGUAGGGUCCCUGCAGCGCUGCCUUUCCAUCGCACGCGCUUAUUCCACGGUGCGCGCUGUCGAGGGCGGGAAGACUCUCCUGAAAGACGUGCCCAUGCACGUGGCAGGUCUCGUUGAGAUCACGCUCUUGUAUAAGGCGCUGGUCAACCUCACGUUUGGAGCGAUCGGCUUGCUUGGAAGGAGCGAAUGCGGCCUGGCAAGCGUAGAAGAGGAGGCUCGACUGAGGUUACUGACACCCACGAUCAAGGGAUACGCGGCGCACUGGGCCACUGCCGGCAUGGAGCAGGCCAUGGGCGCACUGGGUGGCUUGGGGUACAUGGAAGAGACUGGCAUUGGCAGACUCAUCCGCGAUGCUAUGGUCGAGAAGAUAUGGGAAGGCACCAUUAGCGUGUGCGCCUUGGACUUGACGCGCGCGGUGUCAAAGGAGCCGAAGGCGGUCACGUACUACAUCGAGUGGGGGCGCUCGCUGAUUCAAGCAGCCGAAGCUCGGCUGCAUUCUCCUGCUCUGCGAGCGGUCGAAAUACUCUCUGCAUCGCUUGAGAGGCUGCCCGUUCACUUCGGCGAAAGCACCACAAACGCUCUUCUGACCACGCCCUUGCUCAACUACUUCGCCGCUAUCUCAUGUGCUCUGUACCUGUUGGAGCAUGUGACUUGGUCAAUCAGCGUGAAAGACGCGACGAGCGAGGUCGAUUUGGAGGCUUUCCGCCGCUGGGUAGAGGAAGGAGAGAUCGCACACACCCAUGAUCAGAUGACGAAGGCACAAGAGGAUUACCAUCGAAGGAUUGCGUUGAAUUCGAAGAUAGUGUACGGCGGAGAUGUGCUAGCUGCAAAGCUGUAA